AUGGGAUACCGGUUCCCAAGGAGAGGAGGCUCCUGCUCACCAUCCUGUCUAAACGGGGGGCGCUGUGUCAACGGCGAUUCCUGCAACUGCAGUUUGUACCAAGCGACCGGAAAUCGGUGUCAAACAGUGCCCAACACGGGGUUCGAGAGGGAGAUGACGUGCCGAACCUGGGGCCAGUACAACUACGAGACCUUUGAUGGACUGUACUAUUACUUCCCGGGAGUGUGUUCCUACACCCUGGUGCGGGACUGCGAGGACCCUUCCCAGACAGGUGUUGUUAUACAGGUUCACAACGACCCGGGCUGUCGGUCGUCGCCGCACUCGUGUGCCCGCUCCGUGAGCCUCUACCUGCCAUGGGAGGGGGAGAUCCGGUUACACAAGCACAACGUUACCUUCAAAGGACAGAGCGUCGAGCUCCCUCACAGCAUCCACGAUGUGGAGCUCGAGAGGAUAGCCCAGUACGUCGUGGUGACCCAGCCCCACGGCUUCACGCUGGCCUGGGAGGGAAGCAGCUCCUCCGUCUACAUCAAGAUGAGUCCCGAACAUGUGGGCAGGACCUGCGGCCUGUGCGGGAACUUCAACGCCGACAUCCAGGACGACCUGAGAACCAGCUACGGGCUGUUCACAGAAGACCUGGCCAUGUUUGGGAACAGCUGGAUGGAGGCGGAGCCACAACGGGCCACCUGCCCCACGGUGCCUUCUCAAUACCCCUCCCCAUGCUCUGCUCAGGACCCCCAUACUCUGCAGAAAGUGAAGGAGGUGUGCGCUCUGUUCCUGGACGAGCCGUUCAAACCCUGCCACGAGUUUGUGAGUCCGUAUCCUUACAUGGCCAGCUGCUCCAACGACCUCUGCCUGUUGGGUCCGAAUGACGAAGCAGUGUGCCGGGCACUGACAGAGUACGCUAGGGCAUGCGGCCAUGCUGAACACCCCCUGCAGGGCUGGCGCGAACACAUACGCCGCUGCGUGGUGUCUUGUCCCACCGACUUGCUGUACAGGGAGUGCAUCUCCUGCUGCCCGGUGUCCUGCAGCAUGGAGCGCAUGUGCAUCGACAGCAGGCUCGAGUGCCUGGACGGGUGCUACUGCCCUGAAGGUGAGAUCUACGAGAGCGGGCGCUGCGUGGAGGCCGCCGACUGCCCGUGCGAAUACCAUGGUACAACGUACAUGUCGGGUCAGACCGUCCAGGAGGAGUGCAACAGCUGCACCUGCAUGGGGGGGCUGUGGAACUGCACAGAGUACACCUGUCCAGGAGAGUGCUCCGUCACGGGGGACAUCUACUUCGAGACCUUCGAUGGACGAGUCUACACUUUCCAUGCCACGUGUCAGUACGUCCUGGCCAAGAGCCACAGUUCCGGAAGGUUCACGGUCACGAUCCAGAAUGCUCCAUGCGGACCGAACCUGGACGGAGCCUGCAUCCAGUCUGUUACGCUGGUGAUCGAUGAGGAUCCCAGGAUGGAGGUCACCCUGAGCCGCAGCGGAGAGGUCUUUGUGUCUGGCCAGUACAGGAUCUCCCUGCCGUACUCGGACGAGGUCUUUCAUAUCCAGGAGCUGUCCUCCAUGUUCCUGCAGGUGAGGGCGGCUCACGGCCUGCGCCUGCUGUACAACUGGAGGGAGUUCCGCCUCUACCUGCAGGUGGAUGAGUUCUGGAAGGACGACACUGUUGGACUGUGCGGAACCUUCAACGGGAACAGUCAGGAUGACUUCUUCUCACCCUCAGGGAUGAUCGAGAGCACUCCUCAGCUCUUCGGGAACUCGUGGAAGUUGUCCUCGGCCUGCGUGCAAAGCCCUGGCCUUCCUCAGCUGGAUCCGUGUGACACGCACCAGCAGGCAGCCUCCUACGCGGCAGAGAUGUGCGGCGUCCUCGACGGCGAGCUCUUCUCCCCCUGCCACGAACACCUGAGCCCCCUGAGCUUCGUCCAGCGCUGCAAGGCCGACACCUGCAAGUGCGGCAAGCCGUGUUUGUGCUCGGCCCUGGCGCACUACGCUCGACAGUGCAGGAAGCACGGCGUCAACGUGGACUUCAGAGCCAAUGUCACCCAAUGCGCCCCGGAAUGCCCGGGAACCACUGAGUACGGGACGUGCGUGUCAUCCUGCCAGCGGCGCUGCCCGUCCGACGGUGUCCUCCAGCGCUGCGGCGAGGAGUGCGAAGAGGGCUGCAUCUGUCCUCAUGGAACCCUCUACAGGAGUCGCACCCGCACCUGCGUACACAGGAGCGAAUGCCCCUGUGUCUUCCUGGGGGUCGAGUAUGCGCCCGGAGACGUUAUUAUGAGCUCAUCAGGUGUACAGGUUUGCCAGGACGGAAGAAUGGUUCCUGAGAGUUCUGUCGUCAAUAAGACAUGUCCGUUGGGGCAGCACUACCAUGAGUGUGCGCCGCCGGGAGAAGAGCCCUCUCCGGGGAGGGGGCUGGAGUGUGAGCACACCUGCGAGUCGUACCUGCUCAACCUCACCUGCUCGGCCCACGAGCCCUGCGUCUCCGGCUGUGUUUGCCCCCCAGGGCUGUUGAGACAUGGAGAUGAAUGCUUCGAACCUGAAACCUGCCCCUGCGUGUGGAAGGGGAAGGAAUACUACCCUGGAGACAAAGUCACUUCUCCUUGUCACCACUGCGUCUGCCAGCGCGGGACGUUCAGGUGUGAGUUCCGGCCCUGCCCAGCCAUGUGCAGCAUUUACGGUGAUCGCCAUUACAGGACCUUCGACGGGCUGCAGUUCGACUAUGUGGGGGCCUGUAAGGUGUACCUGGUAAAGAGCAGCGUCGAUCUGACCAUGAGCGUGACGGCUGAAAACGUGGACUGCUAUGACAGCGGCAUCAUCUGCAGGAAGUCCCUGCUGAUAAGUGUCGCGAGGUCCCUCAUCGUGUUUGACGACGACAGCGGGAAGCCGAACCCCUCGAGUCUCAUCGAUGGGCAGCAGGGGGUGCUGCUCUGGCAAGCUGGGGUCUUCACUGUCCUGCACAUCCCCAAGGAGGACCUCACGGUGCUGUGGGACAGGAAGACCACCAUCCACAUCCAGGCGGGCCCACGCUGGCAGGGAAAGCUCUCUGGCCUCUGCGGGAACUUUGACAUGAAAACAAUGAACGAGAUGAGGACCCCUGAGAACAUCGUCUCCGCCACGCCGCAGGAAUUUGGGAACAGCUGGACGGCAGCCGAGUGUGUGAACAGUCCUGACAUCCGACACCCCUGCAGCCUGAGUCCCCUCAGAGAGCCCUUCGCCAAAAGACGGUGUGGGAUACUGCUCAGUGAGCUUUUCCAAGCCUGCCACCCUGUGGUGGAUGUCACCUGGUUUUACACAAACUGCCUGACGGACACAUGUGGCUGCAGCAGGGGGGGUGACUGCGAAUGUUUCUGCACCAGCGUGGCGGCCUAUGCCCAUCGUUGCUGCCAGCUGGGCAUCACCGUGGACUGGCGUUCGCCCGCCGUGUGCCCAUAUGACUGCGAAUUCUACAAUAAAGUUUUGGGAAAAGGUCCGCUGCGGUUAGUCACCUACAGAGACAGGAGUACAGCGCUGGCAGCCAACGUGUCCGGUGGACUGGUGUUCCCUCUAAAGGGUGGAUUGUCGGCCUCGGGAGUGACCACCCUCUUCAUGAUGACCCCUGGCCUGAGCAGGGUGCGACCGCAUGAUACCACCCUGGUGUCCUUAGAGGUGGCCGAGAGGCCAAACUACUUCUUGCGUGCCGACCGGAGCGGUCGCCUGCGGCCAGUCAAGUGGGAGGAGAGUGCGCGCUUCUGGGAUGAGUCCACCUUCGUGCUGCACCGGGACACCUGGAUCAACGGCUACGACUCGUUGGAAUCCUUCGCUUGGCGCGGCCGCUUCCUGCACGCGGUCGCCUUCCAAGCGCGCCUCAUGAAAUACAACCACACGGAUGGCUUCCGCAAGUCCACGCUCUUCAGGCUCUCAGGCACAGAGUCGGGCAUCUUCAUGGGUCCUCGCUGCCAGUGGCGGUACGAGUCUUGCAUCAGCCCUUGCUUCAAGACCUGCAGCGACCCCUCCGGGAGGGCCUGCACCGGCAUCCCAAAGGUGGAAGGAUGCAUCCCGCAGUGCCCGGGUCACAUGGUCCUCGACGAGGUCACACAGAGAUGCGUCCACAUGGAAGAUUGCAUUAGGCCAGCAGUUGCUGUUGAGCCCAUUACUCCCAGCAGUACUGUACCCACACCUGCAGCUGUCACUUCUGCGUCGGCCCCCUCAACGGCACACUCCAGGCCCCCAACCACACCAUUGACAGCCCUCUCGACGGAGACCACCAGCACCACUUCAAAGGAGCCGGGAGCCUUUACGCCGAUGUCCUUGGAGACUGAAGCCACCAGUCUGUUUACCACGAAGGUUUCCAUCAGCACCAAGACAACUGAGUUGCCGUACCCGGCCGACAGGCCGGAAUCCCCUGGGACCGCAAAGAUGACGUCCCAUGUAACAACAACGAGCCCUACUGCCAGUCCCGAGCUGACCACACCUGCCACAUUUACCACGGAGAUGACCAUGAGUGCCCCUAUUAGUCCUUUACAAUGGUUCAGCCCCACGACCAGCACCAGGACCACAUCAGAACUGACUUCCAGCACCACACAAGUUUUCUCCACACCACUUACUCCCGAGAUCCUAUCUACAACCUCAGCAGAGGUAUCUACCAAAACCUUAUCAAGGCCCAUUAGUCCUACGUCACCCACCCAGACAUCCACAGAGAAAAGCACAAUGAAAGUGUCUCCUAUAUACAUGACAACAAGCACUGCACCAACCACCAUGUUAGAGACAUCCAGAAUUACAACUGCAUCUUCUACAACCACACCGUCUACCACAGUGUACAGUAUGACCACCACAGUCCCUGGUCCUGAAACUACCAAAGUGACCGUAAGCCAUGUACUGGAAACGACAUCGGAGUCAACCGCAAGCGUCCCCACAACAAUGGCCUUCACUGCUUCCCCACACACCCCUGUCCACACAGCAGCCGUAACCUCUCCGGAGGUCAGUUCGACACAGUUUACAGAGCUCACCACCCCAGUGAGUGCCUUUACCACCCUGAGAACAACACAGCCAACCACCCUGGAGACAAGGUAUCCACUUACCUCAGAGAUCACUUCUAAAAAAACUGAACCCACUUCCCCCAUUGAGCUGAGAACAUCUACAACCCCUGUUCCAACACUCCCACUUAAAACGACACUCUCGAUAGUGCCAACAUCAGCCACUUCUGAAACUUUGGCCUCGACCCAGAAAACAAGUGCUGGAAUUGUGAUAUCCCCUUCAGCGUCAGCCCAUACACCAACAACAGUAUUGACAACUGCUGCCACAUCUACAUUGCCAAUGCCAGAGAAAACAUCUAUGACCUCCAUCAUGAGUCCCCCGACAUCAACUUUCUCCACGCUUAGGACACCGUGGUGGUCUGUUGUGAAUGCCACAAGUACUGCUAAGACGACUGCCAUAGCAGAGACGGUCUCCACAGCAACAAAGGUUGUGGACUGGGGAACAUCUACAACUGGUGCUUUCACAACACAGACUACAACGACCCAACCCAUUGCUCUAGAGAUUUCCCACACGACAGUGAAAACUUUGGAGACUUUAUCGACCACAGCAGAGUCCCACCGUACCACAGCGACUACCCUUGUCUCAACCUCCUCAGCAAAAGUGGAUACUAUAUCUGGCUUUGAGACGACAACAGUGCCAACAACAGCAGUCCGUCCCACCAAGGCCACCACAGAAACACUGUUCACUGUAGCUGUGGAACACACCACCCAGCCCACCACAACAAGUGAAUAUCCACCUUUGGAGACUUCUUCCACUCCAGUAUUCCAAACUGACAGAGUUACCACAAUGGAGACCUCUCCCAAAGCAGUUACUCCACGUACCACCUCAACUGCUGAACUCUCUAGUGAUGUCUCUACGCUGAGAGUACCCAUUGCCACCUCUAAAGUCACUGAAUCUCCAUCUCCACUGUCACUUUUCACAACGGCAACCUCAGAGACACCGUCCAUUGUAAUAAGUACUAUAAAAACAACAGUACUCCCAGAAAUGACCACCACAUAUUCAACGGCCACAACCGAGACAUCAACACCAAAGUCCCAAACACUCUCCACUCUUUUUACAACUAUGGUUACAACUCGGUUAACUUCUUACACAUCUACCACUGAAACACAGGCAGCAGUCAGUAGAACUGGGACCACUGGUACCACUCCUGUAACCGAGAAAACUGCAGAAACAAAGUUUACAACAACACCUCCAUCAUCAAUGUAUCAUCCUAUACGCACUACUUUUGGUACCACUGCUGCACUAGAGAAACUCUCCAUAGAACCUUUUUCCACUGUUACCACCGAAAAAGUCCCAACAACCACGUUGACUACUGGGACAACUCAUACAGAAACCACAAGGACUACCAUAUCCACUGUAGCAUCCCCUGUCACUUCUACUGAAGCAUCCACCUUCAGGACAACUUCCAAAAGGGUCACAGACUCUACGGCAACCCAACAUACAGCAUUACCAACAGCCACUACAACUCCUGCUGCCCCUCCAAGCUCUGCGUUAUCUACUUUCUCAACCACAGAAACAUCUACUGCAGCUGUCAUCACAACCAGCAGCAGAGAAUUAAUACAUACAGCAAAACUUGAUACUACAGAAAUCACAUCCAGGCCAAUGCCCAGCUUGACAUCUAUCACAACAUCUCCACUGGAUGUUAGAGAUACCAGCCAAGAAACAACUCUUUCACUCACCACCACUUCAGAACAAACCUCGGAAAGCACUCCCAGCCAAGUUACAACAUCAUCUCCACCGAUCACAACAACCGUUGUGACCACAACAUCUGAGGCUGAAAGCGUGAAGACACCUCCUCCUGACUGGUGGACCUCCACAGAAUCCACUACCUUGCCUGUGCCCUCAAUACCAGUGGAAACAGUUGAGUCAACAACUACAAAAACCCCAGGACUACCACCCACCACCUCAUCACCUGGCACCACAGCAGCCACUGUGCCUGUGUCACCACAUACUACAGAAACCAUCGUGAAAACCACGACUCUCUCAACCAGGAUGUGCACGCCUCCUUACUCAGAGGUCAUCGAUGAAUGUACAAAAUAUGUUUGUGUUGGAGGCCAAAUGAUCCUCUUCAACAAGUCCCAGAAUUGUCCUUACGAUGCCACCCCCCCGAACUGUGGCCUUCUGGGCUUUGCCAUCUUGGUGAAUGGAGACAAGUGCUGCCCACUAUGGGACUGCCCAUGCCGAUGCUCUGUGUUCCCCGACUUGAACGUAAUCACCUUUGAUGGCAACAGUGUGGCGAUCUACAAGGCUGCAAGCUACAUUGUGUCCCAGUUACCCAAUGAAACUGUGAGCAUCCAAGUGCAGGAAUGUCAGAGCUCUGACAAGGCCGCAUCAAAGCUGUUGUGGAAUUUCACCAGCCUUUGUCUGGUCGCUCUAAACAUAACACACAACUCUCAUCAAGUCCUCAUAAACCGGGUGCAGCGAAGGCUGUAUGUCAACACGAGGUAUGCAAAGCCACGCUUUAAAAAGUACGGGUUCGAAGUCCUUGAUACUGGCAACAUGUAUCUGAUCAGGACGCCGGAAGGCAUGAAGAUGCAGUGGUUCCACAGCACUGGGAUGCUGGUUAUUGAGAUCGAGAGCCACAAAAAACUGUCAACUAUGGGGCUGUGUGGUUGCUGCGAUGGCAAUCCAGCCAACGAUCUGACCAUGUCCAACGGUACGACCGUCAGAGAGGGUGAGGACCCAGCGGUGUUCAUCGACAGCUGGCAGGUGCCUAACACCACCAGUUACGUGAGCCACAGCCGACGCCGCGAGGUCAACUGCUCCACCAGCGACUGCUCCCAGUGCCUGGACAUGCUCCACAACAACAGCUUCAGCCCCUGCCAUGCCUUUGUUCUUCCCUCUGUGUUUUGUGAGCUCUGGGUGCGUGAUGAAGAGUAUGUAAAGAACCCCUGCGUGUCUCUGGCUGCAUAUGUGGCCUCCUGUCACAAGUUUAACGUUUGUGUUGAAUGGAGGAGGCCGGACUACUGCCCCUUCAUGUGUCCAGCUGGGUUACGCUACCAGGCCUGCUUGCCCGCCUGCACUGCCCAGGCCUGCCCCAACCACGAGUUUGACUCGGAGCCGCCAGAGUGCUCCGGACUCACCGAAGGAUGCGUGUGUCCUGAGGGGACCCUGCUGCACCGCCCUUACUCCCCCCUCUGCAUCCCGUCCGAAAAGUGUGCCUGCACAGACAGCUUUGGAAAUCCCCGGGCCCCCGGUGAGGUGUGGACGGCUUCCAAGGAUGGCUGCUGCAUGUACAAGUGCGACAAUGAUUCCAUCGUCCCGGUAGAGUACGACUGCACAGAUGUCCCACAGCCCGUCUGCAGGAAGAUGGGGGAGGUCAUGGUCAGCCUGGCAGAUGACAAGAGCUGCUGCCCAUGGAAAGUGUGUGUCUGCAAUCAGACACUGUGUGAAGGAUACCCCCCUGAGUGCAAAUAUGGAGAGAAGCUGGUCUCCUACUUCAGAGAAGACUCCUGCUGUCCAGAUUACCUCUGUGAGUGCGACCCAGACAGAUGCGAGUCAGACAUCCCGACAUGCCGGGAGGACCAGACCCUCAUUGCAACACGGGCCGACGGAAGCUGCUGCCUGGCACACAUUUGCAUGUGUGGGCCCUGUGCUGACAUCAUUCCCAAGUGCCAGGAAGGAGAGGUGCUCACAGUGGAUGCCAAUAGUACGGAUCGCUGCUGCCCCAUUUACCACUGUGUAUGUGAGCCUUACAGGUGUCCCAAGUUUACAUGUCCAUUGGGAAUGUCUGUGACCACGGCGUCCUUACCGGAGCAGUGCUGUCCAGUCCACGCCUGCGAAUGUGCCUGCGAAACAGUCCCAGUCCCAAAAUGCCACCUGGGAGAGGUCAUGCAGCUGGACAGGGCUUCCCUUGCAGACCCUGAGAACCAAUGCGGCUGCAAGAAGCACAAGUGUGAGCGAGAGGCAGUGUGUGUUGACGGAGAAAGGGGCGUGAUGAGACCAGGCCAGACCUUGGUGGAACACAGUGCAGAAGGCAUCUGCUACACCACCCACUGCACUCGCACCCUGGAUCCUGUCACUGGUUUCUUCCGCACACGAGCCAGCAGCACCAACUGCUCCUCCCAGUGCCAACCUAAUCAGGUGUACAUCCCUCCGAAAGGCCAGACAACGUGCUGUGGAACCUGCAAAAACAUUUCCUGUAUCUACAUGAAUGAGAAUGGCUCUGUUGAGUUAUACAAGCCUGGAAGAACGUGGGUUUCCAACUGCCUCAAAUACAACUGUGCCGAUAUGCUGUCCGGCCCCACACUGGUCUCAUACCCCUUCAGCUGCCCUCCUUUCAAUGAGACUGAGUGCAUGAAGAUUGGUGGAACGAUCCUCAUCUACAUGGAUGGAUGCUGCAAGACCUGUACCGGACUGUCUCUGUUCCCAUUCCCCGUUAGCCCACUGACACCCGCGGUUAGCACUGACUGUGAACGAGGUAAAGAAGACGGCAAGUCCUGCCAGAAGGUAACAGUGCGAAUGACGAUCAGGAAGAAUGACUGCCGGAGUAACAGGCCAGUCAACAUCGUGUCCUGCGAUGGCAAGUGUCCCUCUGCCAGCAUCUACAACUACAACAUCAACACGUACGCACGCUUCUGCAAGUGCUGCCGCGAGAUGGGUCUACAGCGACGCUCCGUGCAGCUCUUCUGCAGCGGCAACUCCACCUGGGUGAGCUACACCAUCCAGGAGCCCACAGACUGCUCCUGCCAGUGGUCCUAGAGCUGCCUCACGGACACAAAGAUAUUCCCUCUGCAGCCCGUGUUGGUGGGAAGGGAAUGGGGCAUGGGCGAAGCAUGGGCAGGGUGUGGGUGGAGCAAGGGCAGGGUUUUAUCAGGUAGGGGAUGGGACAAAAAAGAUGCUACAAACUACCCUCAAAGCCUUACUUGGCCAUUCCACACAAGUGGGAAGGCACCUUGUCACCCCACAGCCCUGGUUUUGUCUCACGAAAUCCUCACCACGCAUCAGUGAUUUUUAGCUACAUUUUGCUUUUAAGUUACAUACGGUCGCAUUUACAAACAUAUCGCCUUGCAGAAAGACACUAGGACGCAUCGAACCGAUCGCACGCCCUCGUGGAAAAGCCACUUUGCGGUGUUUGGGUGCAGAACGUAAUGAGGGACGUUUGGACGUGGUCAUAUUCUAUAUACGGUUUCAUUGUAUUAGUCAGUUUCGUCGGAAUAACUGCAAUUGCAUCGUCUAGCCGUUAUCACACACUGUGACACCGUGAGCUCGAAGGCGUGUUGACAGCUGUUAACCUCCCUUGAUUCUACGUUCCCCGUUUCAGGCUCACAGUCUGUCUCCUCAUGUCUCUGUAUUACUGUUUCAACAUAUACUUGACCUGUAGAUGAAAUGGCCAGCAGGAAUUUUACACCCGUGUGUAGUUUUGCUCCAAGCCUGUGUAACUGUAUGUAUUUUGCUAUGGUUUUUAAUUUUGUC